UUUCUUAAAACAUAUUUACUUGUUGUAAAUAGAACAAUGGCAUCUAAAUAUAAAAUUAUAAUAAAAAAACAUGUGAAAGAAGCUUCACAGUGUUUGUCUUCAGAAAAUCCUGAAAUAUUGCAGAAUUCUUGUAACGAAAUGCAAGAUAUUGUUUCAACCAUACCUACUUCAUUAUCUACAAGAGAAGAAUAUAUUUCAAUGGAUCAGAUGAAUAAAGAUUUUAAAGAUUUAAAGUUACAAGCAUAUAACGAAUCUAAUGAAAAUGAAGGUGAAUACCUUGCAGGAAAUAUUAAUAAUGUUAUUGAAACACUUAAUGUGGUACUUGUAAAACCAUUCUCAUUGGACACUCUUUUAUAUUUUGAAACUCCAUUAUUCUUAAAGUGUACAAGUGUUCAAAAUUCUGAAACAAAAUAUGUAUUUUUGGGUUAUAUUGAUGAUAUAUUUGGAUCAGUUGGAGAACCUAUGUACUCUGUAACUUUGAAAUGCAAUUUACGUGAUAUGUUGAAUAUUAACACUGAAGUGUACUAUUUUCCAAAUGAUCCAAAUACUUUACAUAUCAAUGUUGUUACUAACACAGUUAAAAUCUAAACAGAAUAUAUUAUAUUGUUACUUCAUAACAUUAAUUAAAAUAAUUAUAAUAAAUUAUAAUAAACAAUUAUAGAAAGUAAUUUGUGAUUGAGUUAACAUUUAAGUUUUAAUCAUUAUUAAUGAGUAAUCACUUUGUGUAAUUCUGUUACAUAUAAAGUAAUUAUCAAUUUCAAAUUUUUCAUAUUCAUUGAAGAAACUGUAUAUUAUUCAUUAUUGUUUUAUCUGAUAUUUAUAAUGUUAGGGAUAAUUACUUUUCCCAUUAUAAUACUGUGACUCUUGAUAUGGAAAGCAAGUACAAUUUAAGAAGAAAAUAAAAACAUUAGAGAAUCUUCUUUAGUAAAAAUGGGAAAGUAGUUUAAUGAUUAUAAAAAUUCUACUGCUGUUUUAUUUCUAUAUUUUCUUUCAAUUAAUCUCAGAAGGUAUAACAAUAUGUCAUAUAGGUAUUUUGAAAUUUCAGAAGAAUGGCACGUUUAUAAUAAUCAUUCUACAUUUGGAAUAAGUUCUAAUAUAGCGACUAAAAAAUUCUAUUACUUUUGCUUCGUUAGAAUUAUACUUUUAUUUCAAUUGUAAGAUAUAAGAGUUCUUCAUCAAUUCAAAUGAUGUACAUAAGAUAGUUAAUCAUUUCUAAGCUUCAC